CGUCGUUCAGUUUGAGUUGAAAGCGCAACGCGUUCGCCACGAUAAAGCGCCAUCAAUCGAGACCCGUAAAAGCGACGAGAAACAAAACAGCCAAUAAAACAACUACAACUCGAAAAACAGAGAACAGUAACAGCAGCAAAAGCAACAACAAGAGCAAACACACAAUAAAUAUUCAACUAUUUUUAGCAGAUUACGUGAGUGUUAUUUCAAAUUUUGACAGUGUAAUGAAAUGUGUGCAGCAGCAGCAAAAACAACAACGAAAUACUAACAACUUGUCGUUGUCGCUGGCGGAGCGUUAACAAUAAAUAAAGGCGAAAACAAAGCAGCAGCAGCAGCAGCCGCGAUUCAACACCAACACCAACAACAACAGCAGUUGACUGUACAACAAUGAACAGAGAAGGCAGCUAUAGCACUCGUGGGACUUUCUAGUGACAACAACGGUCCACAUAUACAGGCACCCAAAGCAUCACCAGACAAACCGUCUACUACAGCUCACCAGAGGGACAGCGAUUAAGUCGGACACGGAGACGCAGAUUAAGUAGAUUUCCCAAUCCUCCGGCAGGCAAAACGACAGAUCUGACAAAAUGCACGAACGGCACGUGAAAAAACUGAAGGGCGGUCAUUAUGUGGCCACACAUGGACGUCUCACGCCUGAUCCGCCGUAUGUGCACUCAAAUCGAGGCUACUCCACGGACGGCGAGGAGUCGCAUUCGCAUCGGGGCCACUCGGAGUAUACGCUGGCUCAUGAACGAAUCUCCCCAAAUUCCCAGGGCCAUUAUAACUCUUCACGAAAGAAUCGAGCUGUUCACGGCAAUGGCCUGCAAGAGCAACAGCACCUGCAGCAUAGCUAUAGCCACAGUCAGAUGGGUCUCUCCAGCUCUCCAGACAAUGGUGGGCCCCGUUCAUUGAGCGGUCCACCGCCGACACGACAACCCCCGCGUGCUCCGUCCGCGCUGAGCUACGAUCAGGCAGGCGAUGCGGGCAGCGACAUCUAUGUGACCAGUGCCGCAUACAAGGCGCCCUCUGAGAUCAGCCGCUACAGCCAUCGUCCAGUGUCGCGUGGGGCGCCUCGCAGCGUCUAUUCGGUGGCCAGCACAGCGAAGACGGGUCGCAGCGGACGAUCGACAACCCGACGUGGCGCAAAGAUCGAGACGAUGUCUGCACCAAACCCUUUUUGCCCAAAUGUCAAGGGCGUUUGCUGCCUGAUGCUGUUGCUUAAUCUGGGUCUUAUUCUUGUCACCCUUGGCUUUGUCAUCGUGGUGCAGUUCUAUGAGCCCGUAUACGUUUGGGUAUUGGGCAUCAUAUUUUUGAUAUUUGGCUUCCUCACACUGAUCGGCUGCAUGAUCUAUUGCGUGUAUGUGUGCCGCGAUGUGAAGACGCCUUCACAGGUGCGUAACGAGGAUCUCUAUUGGACGCGGCACUGGCAAAAGAACAUUGGCUACACGCCCCAAGAGAUCAACUAUAAGGCGGACAAGUACGAUGCCUACUCCGAUCGCUAUUCGGUUAGCAAACUGAGUGGCAAGUACUCGGAUCGUGAGAGUCAGCGAUACUGAGAUCGAGAUAAAUAAAGAGUCAACGGGGAUGACAAUCAAGUUGAUCAAUUAAAGUGAUCUACUGACUGCAUAGAUCCUUGGGCGAUUCAGCUGCCCUUGUUGCUCGUAAUCGGCAAAAAUAUCUAUUUUUAUUGUCUAGGCAAAUAGUUUUAAACGGUUUAUUAACAAGGCCUCAACGUACCUGCUGCAAGUUACUUGCUAGUUUGUAUGUUCAUUUAAUUAUUCAUAGAGAGCGCGAUAGAGUUACAGAAAUACAAAAAGAGUAUUGAAAUGCUGCCAUAUUUCAGAAACAGAUAAAGACGGUUUUUUGGCUAAUUAGCGAACUUUUGCCUAAAUUCUAACUUUAAAUGCUUUAUAACACGUGCAAAGCAAAAAAUAAUAAAAAUAUACUUAAUACAAAUAAUCCAA